CAUAACCUCUGUUUGUCAACGUAUAUUCAGUCAUCACCACGAUUUACACGAAUCUCAUCAUUAAAAACCAAAUUUAUGCAUUUUUCUCUCCGACCCCGAUAAUUCCGAGCGUGGAAAUCCCUAUCUAAACAAACAAUAUGAUACACCCGCGAUAGCAGAGCAAUAAACGCCAAUAACACGCCUAAAUAUGCAUUUUUAACUCUAAAAGUUGAUAAACUUUCCUACAUAAUAUCAAACACAGCACAACAAUUAACAAUUCCAUAGCAAUGGCAGCACAGAAACAUUCUUUUGGUCCUUUGAUUGGAUCUAUUGACGAAGGAACUUCAAGCACACGCUUUUUAGUAUUUGCUGCGAAAACAGCAGAAGUAUUGACAUUUCAUCAGCUAUCUUUGAAUCACAUUACUCCACAUGAAGGAUGGGUGGAAAUGGACCCCAUGGAGAUAUUACAUGCAGUUAUUGAGACUAUGAAUGUCACCUGUGACAAUUUGAAGAAACUUAAUAUCAGUCUUGAAGAUAUUGCAGCAAUUGGGAUCACCAAUCAGAGGGAAACCACUGUAUUAUGGGAUUCACAAACAGGGAAACCAUUAUAUAAUGCAUUAGUAUGGUUGGAUAUGAGAACUGCCAGCACAGUUGACAAGAUCUUAAACAAUGGACGUCGUAACAAAAACUUCCUCAAAAGUGUCUGCGGCCUUCCCGUGAGCACAUAUUUCAGCGCGUUGAAGAUUCGCUGGAUGAUGGACAAUGUACAAGCUGUUAAAGAUGCCAUAAAAGAAAAGAGAUGUUUAUUUGGAACGAUAGAUACUUGGUUAAUUUGGAACUUAACUGGAGGCAUUAAUGGUGGAUAUCACGUGACGGAUGUGACUAAUGCAUCAAGAACAAUGUUGAUGAACAUUAACACUCUGAAAUGGGAUCCACAGCUGUGUAAAAUUUUCGAUAUUCCAAUGCAAAUACUGCCUGUUAUUCGCAGCUCAUCAGAAAUUUACGGUUACUUAAGCGAGACGGUUAUUAAAGGCAUUCCUAUAUCUGGUUGUUUGGGUGAUCAACAAGCUGCCCUUGUUGGCCAAAUGUGUUUUCAAGUCAGUCAGGCAAAGUGUACUUACGGAACUGGAUGUUUUCUGCUUUAUAAUACUGGAAAUGCUAUUAUUCAAUCAAAUCACGGUCUUCUCACAACAGUGGCCUAUCAAUUUGGCGCUAACAAACGCCCUGUAUACGCCCUUGAAGGAUCCAUAGCUAUUGCAGGCGUAGCAAUGCGUUGGCUGCGCGAUAAUCUAGAAAUAAUCAAAAACAUCGCUGAUUCCGCUCAAAUCGCACGCGAUGCUGACUUGGUUGGUGAAGUUGUGUUCGUUCCUGCAUUUUCUGGUUUAUAUGCGCCUUACUGGCGUAAAGAUGCACGCAGUGUAAUUUGUGGGCUUACCGAUGAAACAAAACCUGCUCACUUUAUAAAAGCAGCAAUAGAAGCAGUAGUCUUUCAAGUACGCGAUAUUUUGGAAGCCAUGUCGUUGGACUGCGGUUAUCCACUUACAAAACUCCUCGUAGAUGGUGGAAUGACUGCAAAUGAUCUCCUGAUGCAGAUUCAGGCUGAUUAUUGUGGUAUUCCAGUUGUGAGGCCAUACAUGGCUGAAACCACUGCCUUGGGAGCUGCGAUUGCUGCUGGUGGUGCAUUGGGUGUUGAAGUAUGGGAUCUGGACAAUGUACAAUCAGUUCCAAGUGAUACUUUUUCACCAACAAUCACACAAGAUCAACGUGACAUAAAAUACGACCGUUGGAAGUUAGCAAUCGCUCGUUGCCUUGAAUGGGUCGAAGAAAACGAAGAAGAUGGCCUAGAUAAUUGUGAAGAAAGCCGCCAUAUUGCACUGCCAGCAUCGUUGUUCGUCCUUGGAUCAAUGGCCCUCGUCCUUAUUGCAAGCUAUGUGCUUAAACGAAGUACUUAACCUUAUUUUAGCUCAAAACUCAAGUUUUCUCAAAAACUAACCUCACUUUAUGCUGUUAUACUGGGAAAGCAGUUGAUUUGUUAUUUAUAUUCAUUCGUUGCAUUUUUAUUUCGGUUAUUGUCACUUUUACAAGUGAUUUUUAUGAAUUUAUUUUGGUAUUCAAGGAUCAAUGGUUCAAAAGGUUGUGGUAUUCUGUGAUUAUUUUCGUUGUAUUGCUUUCAUGCGCUAUAAAAUGAUGUAAAAUGUAA